AUCGUCGGGGAGAGAGUGCAGUCUGCCGGCGGGGCUUGGGCUGUAAAGGCUAUUUUGAAAAGUGACCUCCCCUCUCUAUGGACUGGGGCACACACACACAACACACACACCACACACAGCUGCUCGGAACCAUGACAGAAGAUGACGGAUACAGUGGUCGCGGAGGGACAAGUCAAGUUUAGAGAUGGAAAAAAGUGGAAGACUCGGUGCGUCGUUCUUCGGAAGCCCUCUCCGGUCGCAGACUGUCUGACUCUGCUGGUGUAUAAAGAGAAGAAGAAAGGGAAGGAGAAGGGCACAGGCCACAAGGAGAGGCUAAAUGUAACACUGGAGGGGAUCUGUGGCGUGGAGCCGGGGCCCGGUUAUGACGGGGUAUCCUACACCCUCUCCAUCCUCUGCCUGGCUCACACGCUGGUCCUGGGCUUCACCAGCCGAGACACGCUGCUGGCCUGGGAUGCCCGCAUCUGCUACAGCCUGGGAGAAGUCCACAGGUUCAGUGUCAACGUCGAGCCAGGCACCAAACUGGAAAGCGGCCCCGCCUCCCUCCACCUGUGCAACAACCUAUUGGUCCUCACCAGAGGCGUCCCUCCUGUCGUCAUUGGACACUGGAAGCUGUCAGCGUUGCGUCGAUAUGGCGCUGUGCCAAAUGGCUUUGUGUUCGAGGGCGGGACUCGCUGUGGAUAUUGGGCUGGUGUUUUCUUCUUGUCCUGUUCAGAAGGAGAGCAGAUCAGUUUCCUGUUUGACUGCAUUGUCAGGGGCAUCAGCCCCAGCAGGACCCCUCAUGGCCUGCAACCUGCCCUGCCAGAAGAUCCCAGUGCUGACCCAGUGUCAGCAGAGGACCGAAUCGACAAGGAGGCAUCAGAGCUGGAGAAGAGACUCAGCAUGUUAUCUCAGAGCAGCCUCGCGAGCAGCACAGCUUCCACUUAUAGCUGCAGCACCUCCAGCUCCUCCUCCAGCCAGUCAGAUGCAAGCUACGGAAGCAGACUUCCAUUUUGGGUGGAGCCAUUAGGUAGACCUCACCUGUCCAACGAGACGGCGUCAAGCUCGUCCACGCUGAAGGUUUUGACCAGCUCAGAUGACAGGCUUUAUGCUGCUGUGAUGGGAAGCUCUGGGACUCGGCCAUCCUCCGCCCAGCUCCAUUCUCGUGGUCUCCAUGACAGCGGGCGACAAAGCUCAUUAGACAGUGGGAUCGGAAUAGCUACAGGCAGUCAGUCAUCUUACUCAGGGAGCUGCUCCUCGUAUACGGGGAGUCUGGACAUGGCCAGCCAGGGAGGGGAGGGGGAGUUUGGCUCUGUGGCCAGCCUACCUGCUCCACCCCCUCCUCCUUCUUCACCUCCUGCUCUUCCUCCCCCAACUUCUCCUCCACCUCCUCCUACUUUUCAGUCCACACCUGUCCCAGACCACAGUUGUGCUACCUCUUCCUCCUGCUCUUGUUCCUCCAGAUCCAGCUCUCGUGUGUCCCGGAGGCACAGUGACGAGUAUCAAAUCCCCAACCUGCUCAGACAGCGGUAUGACACCCCCAGGAGUCUGCUCCAGACCCUGUCCCUGAGGGUACAGGAAGGCCCACCAGAGCUGGACAGGGACAGCAGGGGCAGUGGGGAUGCAGGGGGCAGUCAGGGACAAAGGUUGAGCAACAUCCCCACAGAAGCCAAGGCUCAGCAUCAUGCUGGGAUGCAGCGCUCACAAUCCUGGGGCAGUGAGAGGGCGCCCUCCGUAGACAGUGAGGGGAGGUCCACACCUAGAACCCUGCUGGUGCCUGGAGGUCCGGUUUGUGCAGAAACACAGUGCAGUCAUGGGUCAGACAACUACAUUACACCGGAGCAGUGGCGGUCAGCGAGGAACAGAUGCCUCACUCAGGCUGCCAACUCACCAUCAGGACUGUCAUCUUCUGCAGAUACACAAGAUCCUCCUCUCUGUGUGACAGAGGAUCAGGAUGAAGUUGGGGAUGUUGCUGACAGGUUAGCAGGUCUGAAGUGGUCGUUGUCCUCUCUGCCAACCUCUGCCCCUCCACCUCCACCUGUAGCACUGAGCAUGCACAGGCCAACAUCAGCUUGUGGUAUUUUCCAGUCAGCCCACACAGCUCCUUCAUCCCUGGACACUGGGCUCCACAGUGGCAAUGCUGCUAAUUAUGUUAAUAUCCCCAUUAGCCCCCUGCCAGCUAGAACUAACAGAGAGCUCCUCUACACGGCGCUUGAUCUGCGGGAGCCCGGCUCAGCUCCAGCCUCUGGUCCUUACAGUCCUCUCAGAGAGGAAGGUUCCAUCAGGUAUGCCCAUCUUGACAUCGCUGCCAUGGAAACAGCUCAGAGAGUGGGGGCGGAGCAUGUUCAGGGCAGGGAGGACAGACUGACUCAGCUGGAGAGCAGGCGGCGAGGGCCACCGAACUGACUCUGCAACUCGGUGACACUUUAAAAUACUUUUCAUUGCUGAUUCUCUCAAAAUAAGCUCAAGUGCUUAACUGUAGUUGAUCAUUGUUGUACUUAACACACCCACAGUUGUGCCAGUGUACAGAAAUUCCCACAAACAAUCCAUUCCACUAAGAAUAAGAAGAAAAUAGGAAAUGUCUGGGUAAUCUCUUAUGCAGCUGCCAUCUUGGAUGCGUUUUGUGUUAAGUUCUCAUAUUCUUGUACUUAAGUUAGAGCUUUCCUGCAUUUCUAGAAGACUUUUUAUCCCAGAAAUGCUCCUUUUUUUACUGUCUUUUGGGCUGCAUGGCACUUAUAUCUGCCUCUUUUAAGAUUCUCUCAGGUGACUGUUAAACAUGGAUUACAAUAGCCUUAAUUAUGAGGGAUUAGGAGGCAAAGUCCCUCCCCUUCCA